AUGCAGCACCUGCUGGAACAGCACAGCGAAUGGGCACGAAUGGGCAGGCGGAAAGGUUUCACAGAAGCGAUCGCGGGAGAGGCCACGGAGCUCACAAGCCUGGCUUCGCUCGCUGAACCUUCGCCUACUAAGCUUCCAAAGUGCGACGAGUCUUUCGUGAGCCGGGGCGGCGCGCUCAGCGGCACCUUCCAGGCCCCGGAGCUGUCCAACCCGAACAACAUCAGCCGGCUGUGCCUGUACACGUUUAUCGCGGCGCCGGGCCAACGGGUGCUCGUCGAGCUGCGCACCUUCAACCUGCGCGGGAAGCCGCCAGAUGGAGCCGCAGUCGGGGAACUACCAGCAUGCAUGCACGAGUACAUGGACAUCUACUCGGAGAUGACGUCACUGGAGGCCAGCGAGCUGGUGAACUCAGCAUUCGGGGGUCGCUACUGCGGGCCAAUACCGCCGCGGAGACGGGUCUCCCUACACCGCGCCGUCGCACUUGCAUUCUACACCGACAAACAGUACACGCCGCCAACGCUGUUCACUGGCACCUAUCGCUUUAUCAACUCGUCGGAAUACGAGGUCGGCAAUCCGGUCCCGAACACGUUGUGCUCAUUCGUGAUCGAAGCGACCAAGCGCAAAACAGGCCUGCUGUUGUCGCCCACCUACCCAGGGAUCUACCCGAAGGAUAUCAGCUGCAACUAUCAAUUCAUUGGGCAGCCAGGCCAACGAAUCCGCCUCGAGUUCCGCGACUUCGACCUGUUCUUCGGCGGACCCCACUGCCCCUUCGACUGGGUGCGCGUGUACGACGGGCCCGACAAUUCGUCGGCGGUGAUCGGCACCUACUGUGGUCAGCAGCGCAACCUAGUCCUUUACUCCAGCGACGAGCGGCUGCUGGUGACGUUCUUCACGCUGCCGCGCGCCGCCAACACUCAGAACCGCGGUUUUAAAGGCAUCUUCGAGUUCUCCGAGAGUUUCGUUAAGUUAGAUUUUAUAAGUAAACACGACGCUGAGCACAUCAGAGGCUCCGAGUGCGACCAGAAAAUCCUAAGCAAAAAGGAAUCUACUGGAUUCGUGUAUCAUCCAAACUAUCCUUUCCCUUAUAUACAAAAAGUUGUUUGUAGAUAUUUUAUAUAUGGUAUGCAAGAUUCGCAAAAUUUGGAGCGAGUCCGACUGGAAUUUCAGAACUUUUCUAUACCAAAAGGAGAAAAUCCGAAACCAGACACAUGCCCGGACGGCUACCUGAAGGUGUACCUCCGAGGGCAGGAGGCGACAGACUCGUACGACAAGCACGAUGCGGAGCUCUGCGGUGAGGGCGCGGCCGGCCCGCCCGCCUUCCCGCCGCCGCUGCUCUCCGACGGCCCGCGGCUCGUAAUGGUCUUCAGCUCCGGCGAGCUGCAGGGCCGCGGCUUCAAGGCCAAGUACACCUUCGAGACUGAAUACCGAGUGCCGGGCACGGCGGCUCCUGGGGGUGAGUGCGCGUUCACUUACCGCUCUGAGGCGAAGAAGCGAGGCGACUUCAACUCGCCCCGCUACCCGUCCAACUACCCAUCGCGCACCAACUGCACGUACACGCUGGUGGCCAACCCUAACGAGCAGGUCACCGUCGUGUUCGACCACUUUAAGGUCAAGGCGGACGCGUGGAACGCUACCGCCGGCCUCUACGGCGGUGCGACGUGUAGCGAGGACUGGGUGGAGGCGUGGUGGACGGGGCGCGAAGGUUCACGGGUACCGCUGGGGCGGUGGUGCGGGCCAGCCACUCCUGGUCCGCUGCAGUCGCCCCGCGGAGCCCUAGGGCUGCUGCUCGCGCUGCACACCAACGAGGAGUCCGUUGCCUCCGGCUUCAAAGCGCGCUACGUGUUUGAGCCCGCAAAAUCCAUCUUCGGCGACUGCGGCGGCAACAUGUCGGGCGCCGAGUACGGCGUGAUCACAUCACCGCGUUUCCCAAUCGCUUACGAGGCGCCGGCGAGAGGGGACGCGUCUCGAGUCUGCAACUGGUUCGUCACCGCGCGACCCGGCAAGAGAGUGCUGCUCAAUUUUGAGAACUUCGCCGUGGAGGGGCACCUUACUGACCGCGGGUGUCCGGCGGCUGUGCUGCGAUUGUGGUAUGAGAGUCCCGGACCACCGCUGGAGCUUUGCGGCGAAAAGGCACCCACAGACCGCUGGCAGUACCUCUCCUCCUCGAACUCUAUUCGUCUCUCGUUCAUAAUAGCGGACAAGUCCGUGGGGGCGGCGGGCUGGCGCGCCGUAUGGACGGAAGUCAGCGCGGAGACCGAGGGAUGCGCCAGCGCCUGCGCCGGGGCCUGCCUGCCCCCUUCCACCAUCUGCUCGGGGCUGCAACACUGCGCCGGCGCCGUGGUCAAGAAGCCCGCGCACUGU